AGGAUUUCAGAAUUAUUUGAUAUCAUUAUCGACUUUCCAGAAUCAAAGGCUAGUUUAGAGGAGUUAAAGUUAUGCAUGGAAAGAAAUGAUUUGCGUAAAACAAUAGCAUAUUCUUUAAGAAAUACCUUCGAAACUAGACUGUUGCAUCCUGGUGCUAAUACGAACGAUAUCCUUGAUCAGUACAUAUCAGCAAUUCACUCGCUAAGAAUUAUUGAUCCAUCUGGAAUAAUUCUCGAUGUAGCCUGCUAUCCUAUUCGGAAGUAUUUAAGCUCAAGAGAAGAUACUAUUAGAUGUAUUAUAUCAAAUUUGACUAGCGACACUGAUGGAGAAUUAGCUCAACAACUCGCUCGUGGAAAUAAUUCCCUAACGGAUUCAUUUAAUGAAAGCGAUACGGACAGCGAUGAAGACUGGUCUCCAGAUCCUGUCGAUGCUAUAGCCAGAAAGGGCAUGACAUCUGGAUAUCAUAAGAAAAAAGACGUUUUAAGUAUGCUGGUAACCAUUUAUGGAAGUAAACAACUAUUUUCCUCAGAGUACCGAAAUCUCUUAGCUCAUCGAUUGUUAACGCUGUUUGAUUUUAACACGGACAAAGAGAUUCGCUAUUUAGAACUUCUUAAAUUAAAAUUUGGCGAAACCAAUUUAAGUGACUGUGAAGUGAUGCUAAAGGACGUAAAGGAUUCCUGCCGAAUUAGUGACCAUAUUCAAUCAACAAUGAAUAAGAUUGUACAAGAAGAAAAAGAUGAUAGCCUAAUGUUAAAUACUUUGAUUAUAUCUGAGAAUUUCUGGCCGAAAUUUAAGGAAGAAAAAUUGAAAUUACCCCCCAAAAUUGAAAAGACCAUGACUGCAUUUGCAAAGCACUUCGAAAAGCUGAAAGCAAUGAGGGGUCUGCAUUGGAAAUAUCAUUUAGGAUUAGUAAAUAUUCAAAUCGAAAUUGCUAACCAUCAAAAACAAUUCUCCGUAACUCCAUUGCAAGCAUCCAUUAUUUAUUUAUUCCAGGAGAAAGUGCAAUGGACUAUCGAAGAAAUCAGUGAAGAACUGCAAGUCAGCAGUACAAUCUUACGUAGAAAGAUUUCUUAUUGGAUUAAUCAGGGGCUUCUUAAAGAAACUCCUGUAGACUCAUAUAAUCUAGUUGAGGAUAGAAUUACUCCGGAGGAUGCUAUUACUGAGGAUGAUGAAACAACAACUGUAACUUCCGCAGCUGAUCAACAUGAAGAAGAACAGGAGCUGUACUGGUCGUAUAUAGUUGGAAUGCUGACCAAUUUUCCUGCCAUGGAGUUAGACCGCAUCUGUAGUUCAUUGAAGCUCUUCAUACCAAGUGCAGGGGAGCUUUCUUCAAGAGAUUUGAAAAUGUUUUUGGAUAAGAAAGUACAAGAACAAAAGCUAACCCAUAAUAAUGGUGAAUACGCUUUAGUAAAAUAA